AGUCUCUAGUUUAAAGUUAUCAAAAAAAGUUUUUAAACCACGCGUUCUCCACAAGUCGAAUACAUUUAACUAGCUCUAAAUAUGUAAAUCCCUCUAGGUUAACAAUUUUAAAAGAUUUGUUUCAAGAAUGCUCACUGUAUAUAGUAUUUUUAGCGAAGCGUGUUGAAGUAUUUCUGGGUUUGGCUCCUACUGGUCACACUUUUCAUUGUUUUGGUUCUCGCCUUAGUUUUUUCUCUUAGAGUUCUACAGAGUUCUUCAGAGUUUUACGUCUUGGAUUUUAAGCCUCGCCCAUGGAGCAACAACUGGAAAAGGUUUUGGCGGAAAUCGUUGCGCGACAGGACACGGUGGGAGCUCUUCUGGCGAACCGUCAGGGAUUGUGUCUUGGCACCAAGGGAGAAAUCGAUGCUAAUGUUUCCGGCAUCGGAAUGGCUAUUUCGGAGCAGGUGGCCAAGUUGGAGCCGAAUACCACGGUUCCGGCCACGAUUUGCCUGUAUAGCGGCAACAAACGUUGUGUGAUCCAGAAGAAUGGUGAGAUCACUGGCGUGAUCUUCAAGCAGCAGGCGACUGCAUCGUCUACCGCCGCCAGUAACUAACAGCAACUCGGGCUUCAAGCCCAAAUCUCAGGCCAAAUACGCAAGUCAAGAUACGGAUGCAAACCCAGAUACAUUUAUACACAUCUUCCACGACUCGGUAGCUUCGCUCGAUUCGAUUUAUAUCACGGUUCAAGUGCCAGCGCCUGUUACAUUUGUCUCUCGUUAUAACCAGUAGCCACAAGCAUUGAUUUGUGCGACUCUACUAGCAUUAAGCACAACGGAUUAGCACUGCUGUUAAUUGCCAUGUCCAAGCCAGCCUAGCGCUAUCAACGUGUACAUAUAGACUUUGUACGAUUAAGCCCCCAAAAGUGAUCGAUGCAUAUACACCAAUUACAAAUAUAGCGAUGAAGCAAGCCAGCGAACAAGCUUUUGAACUUGGAAAUUUA